GGUUCUGUACUCUUGGCUUCAUGGAUUCGCUGCAGGACAGUUCAUGUUGUGCUAUGCACCACAAGAGCUUGCACUCCACAAGCAAAACCUGCACUAGCUUGAACAAAAGAGCACAAGUCUUGUGGGAGGGGACUUGGGUCUACAUUUCUAGAGCAGUAUUUCUCAACCUCGGCUCAGUGGACCAGUGCAAGUCCCUGGGAUCUCCCUGACACAGUUCAGGAAAGCAGCAAGCUGGUCCCUGGUAUCAAAAAGGUUGAGAAAUGCUGUUCUAGAGGGUGUACUGCUGAACUUCUAUAAUAGAAGCUGCAGAUACAGGCCCACCUGUGGUGGUGAGUUUCAGUGAAAACUACCUAGUGAUCCUACUGAACUGGGAUCUCAGAAGUUGCAUCUAAUUCCACAACCUCUGCUUAGUGCUAAGGAAUGGUAGACUUGUCCAGCCGUCAGCAUAAGGAACAACUGCAACCAACCGCGAUGCAAGCACAUGAAUUGUUUAGACAUCUGCGAAUGCCAGAACUUGAUGAUUUCAGACAGUAUAUACGCAGUCUUCCAACAAACACAUUGAUGGGGUUUGGUGCAUUUGCAGCUCUUACAACAUACUGGUAUGCAACAAGACCCAGAGCUCUGAAACCACCAUGCGACUUAGCCAUGCAGUCUGUGGAAGUAGAGGGUGGUGAGCAUGCUCGAAGAUCGUGCCUGCUUAAUAGUGAUGAGCUAUUAACAUAUUACUACGAUGAUGUGAGAACAGCCUAUGAAAUCUUCCAAAGAGGUUUGGAGGCGUCAAAUAACGGUCCCUGUUUGGGUGUUAGAAAACCAGAUCAGCCAUAUGAAUGGAUCUCUUACAAAGAGGUCUCAGAGAGAGCAGAGUAUGUGGGUUCAGCACUACUUCACAGAGGCUACAAGCCAGCUCCAGACCAGUACAUAGGAAUCUUUGCACAAAACAGACCAGAGUGGGUUCUCAUUGAACAGGGAUGCUACACCUACUCCAUGGUGGUGGUGCCACUUUAUGAUACAUUGGGAGCUGAUGCAAUCAGUUAUAUUGUGAACAAAGCUGAUUUAGGACUGGUUUUCUGUGACAAAUCUGACAAGGCCAAGCUUCUGCUGGAUAAUGUGGAAAGGGGAGAAACUCCAGUCCUCAACACCAUUGUUAUCAUGGACUCCUUUGAUAGUGAUCUUGUAGAACAUGGGAAGAAGUGUGGGGUUGAAAUUCUCAGCUUGAGAGAAUUGGAGGAGGUGGGGAGAGCUCACAGACAAAAACCUGUGCCUCCAAAUCCAGAAGAUCUAGCAAUCAUCUGUUUCACCAGUGGAACUACAGGAAACCCCAAAGGAGCUAUGAUUACUCAUCAAAAUAUAGUGAGCAAUGCUUCCGCUUUUGUGAAAGCUACAGAGAGCGCAAUCAUUCCUGGUACAGAAGAUGUUCUGAUCUCAUUCUUGCCCCUGGCCCAUAUGUUUGAGAGAAUUGUGGAGUGUGUGAUUCUCUGCCAUGGAGGCCGGAUAGGAUUCUUCCAGGGGGACAUCAGACUCCUUAUGGAUGACUUAAAAACACUGCAGCCAACUGUGUUUCCUGUUGUACCAAGACUGCUGAACCGGAUGUUUGACAAAAUCUUUGGACAAGCCAAUACUUCACUGAAAAGGUGGAUCCUGGACUUUGCUUCCAAGAGGAAAGAAGCAGAACUUAGAAGUGGCAUAAUUAGAAAGAACAGUCUGUGGGAUAAACUGAUCUUCCACAAAAUACAGGCAAGUCUGGGAGGAAAAGUAAGACUAAUGAUCACUGGAGCAGCUCCUGUGUCUGCAAGUGUACUGACCUUCCUAAGAGCAGCUCUUGGUUGUCAGUUCUAUGAAGGCUAUGGACAAACUGAAUGCACAGCUGGAUGCUCUCUGACAUUACCUGGUGACUGGACAGCUGGUCAUGUUGGAGCGCCAAUGCCUUGCAGUCUCUUAAAGCUUGUUGAUGUAGAAGAAAUGAAUUACUUUGCUGUUAAAGGAGAGGGUGAGGUAUGUGUGAAAGGGCCAAAUGUAUUUCAAGGCUACUUGAAGGAUCCAGAAAAAACAGCAGAAGCUCUAGACAAAGAUGGCUGGCUCCACACAGGAGAUAUUGGAAAAUGGCUUCCAAAUGGUACUUUAAAGAUCAUUGACCGGAAAAAGCAUAUAUUCAAACUCGCGCAGGGAGAGUACAUAGCACCAGAGAAAAUAGAAAAUGUGUAUAUGAGAAGUGAACCUGUUGCUCAGGUGUUUGUCUAUGGAGAAAGCUUGCAGGCCUUCUUAAUAGCGAUUGUAGUACCAAAUGUAGAGACUUUGUCUAACUGGGCCAAGAAAAAGGGAUUUGAAGGUUCAUAUGAAGAACUAUGCAAAAACAAGGACCUCAAAAAACAUGUUCUGGAAGAUAUGUUGAAGGUUGGGAAAGAAUUUGGCUUGAAGUCAUUUGAGCAGGUCAAAGGCAUUGCCCUGAGCAUGGAGAUGUUUUCUAUUGAAAAUGGCUUGUUGACACCAACACUGAAGGCAAAGAGACGAGAACUACAAAAAUUCUUCAAGUCACAGAUAGAUGAACUCUAUACUAGUAUCAGGAUGUAACUGAGGGGAAAAAUGGGUUGAAGAGAAUGGCAAACAUCUAGUCUACUGUUGGCCUUCAUAUUUGUAUUCUGACUACAGCAAACAUAGGGAAGGAAAAUGUGCAAUCAUUAACUUGUACACAAAUGGGUACCUGCCAUAGGAAUAUUGAAGAAAAUGGAACAUUGCCUUACUGUCCAGUUAUGUUGCAGACCAUUUUUAUGGUGACCUACAAUUUCCAAAAUUAGCCUUAAA